CAGCCUGCAAUAACAAAACUGAGUCACCUAAGAAGGUUUGGCUGGGCCUGCUGUAGAGGCAUCCAUUUUGAGAAGGGUUUUUGCCUCACAGCACUCAAAUGACUGCUAAACUCAUAACUGGCCAGUGUGGAGCUUGCCCUUAGCCCACAACAAGUUCCUCUGACAAGAAAUGGUAUCUUUCUUCCAUCCUCAAUGAUUAACUAAACCCAGAGCCCCCUUACUGUAUAUCAGCCCGUAGUAUGAAAAGCUGGAAUAAGAUAUUCAAGAGAGGAGACCCGGAGAGUGUGGAUGGGAACUCCUCUUUGCAGAAAAACUCCUUGAACAACGCCCCGCUAGAGCUAACACCUCAGAGGGCCUUAGAUGACGACCUUUCAGAUGACGCAAACUCCACUGCCCACUCAUCCAGCACUCCCCCAUAUGUACAAGGAGUGGGGAGUGGUGGAGACGAGGGGACCCUUAAGGACAGGUUGAGAACUCUCCUCCCCCAAUCAUGGGGCAGUAUUCUCCAGAAAUGGAGCAAUGGGGAUGCUGACUCUGACCUGGGCUCCGCAGGGGUCAAGAUUGUGCCCAAUGGGACCAGGGUGAGUCCACCUGUCAGUCCCAUACUGGCGAGGAGGUACUGGGACACUAAGGACUCACUGGGGACCUCCAGCAAGAGUUCCCAUAGGCCCUUGUUGAGGGACGUUCCUAUAGAUAAUGACCUACUCCAUUAUCUUCCAGAGGAAUCAGAGCUGACCAGUAUCCAUCCAGCUGAGUACUAUGCUGAGAAGGUGGAGGUCUACAAGCUGAAGUACUCCUAUAUGAAAUCAUGGCCUGGGUUACUGAGACUCCUGGCUGGGUUUGAACUUCUCUUUGGCGGUAUGGUCCUUGCCUGUGUCUGUGCCUACAUCCAUAAGGACAGUGAGUGGUCGAACUCCUAUGGACUGUACAAUGGUGCAUAUAACAAUGGAUAUGGCACAUCGGGGAAGUCCUAUAAUGGACCUAUGACUCUAUUCGUGAUAGCGGUGGUUGGGGUGGCGUGGAUUGUAACCAUCCUCCUACUGGUAAUAGGUCUGACUAUGUACUACCGUACCAUCCUCCUGGACUCACCCUGGUGGCCUCUCACUGAAGGUGUCAUCAACGUCGCCCUGUUCCUCCUCUACAUGGCUGCUGGUAUCGUGUACCUGAAUGACCUCAACCGUGGGGGUUUGUGUUACAUGACUAUAGGUAUUAACCCAAUAAUGUCCAGCCUGUGUCGGGUUGACGGAGGCCAGAUGGCUGGCACGGCUUUCAUCUUCAUCAACAUGCUGAUGUACCUCAUCAGCUUCCUGGUGUGUCUGAAGAUGUGGAGGCACGAGGCCACCCGCAGGGAGAUGGAGUUCUUUGAGAACCAGGAGAAUCUGAGGCCCAUCCCUGUGGCCCAGACCAAAUCUCCCAAUCCGCAGACCAAGAGGAUUGUAUUUGAGGAUGAGAUGGACAGCUCAAUGAGGGCAACCAAACUCCUCCACGUUACAGACUUUCAGCAAGAGGAGCCAGGCAGCCGGAACAGAGCCAUCCCCACAGGGUACGCCCAGAAGCCCAGAGUCAUCGCCGAUUAUGUCAUGAAGUAUCCAGAAAUCUCCUCUUUGGAGGAUAGGGAGAAAUACAAAGCUGUCUUCAACGACCAGUAUCAGGAGUACAAGGACCUUCACAAAGACAUCAGUGAGACCCUCGUGAAGUUCAGAGAGCUGGAUGCCAUGAUGGGUAAACUCCUCAAAGAUGGCAACAGUCAUGAGGAGCAGAAAAGAAUCCAGCGGAUUUUGAAGAAGUAUGAGCAAAAAAAGAGUGACCCUGCCUUCCUGGAGAAGAAGGAACGAUGUGACUAUCUGAAAGCUAAAUUAAGCCACAUCAAGAACAGGAUCCGCAAUUUCGACCAAGACACCAUGGCAAAGGGUCGGACGUGAAGAAAUUAGCACGUACACAGAGGAAACAAAGGGGCCAUUAUUAUUCUGUUCCUGUCACGUCUUCUCUGUGAGACUUAUUUCAGCACUAAUUGUGUUUUUGGCGUGUUCCUUAAGUAGGUUUCAGUAAAUGGCUGUACAAAUCAGUAAACUGUGUUGUUACAUUAUAGCCUGCAACACUUUGUGCUUACUGUAAAAAUUACUUUCCCGCGAAUAUUGUGUGAGUUUCAGUCAUGAAGUGAAUGAACUCAUAAACUCAUAAACGGAGCGCAGUUGUGUACAUACCUUUGGACUUUUGUGAACAAUGCUAACAGGGUCAAUUCCCAUUGCAUCGGCAAGCAUUAGGCUUACAGGGCAAUACACUAUCAAAUCCUUGGAGAGUUUUUCAUAUGAAAUUUAAAACGGUAAAAGGGCAGUCGAGUACCAGCAAUCAAUUUGAAGCUGUGACACAGUAGGCUAAUGACAUGCCCCAGCUAGCACAUUUGAUUCCUUGGAAGUUGUGGGAAUGCAUGUUUUUGGUUUCACAUUGGUUGUGGAGAUGAAGCCAUACGUUUUCUGACCGGUAAAACUGAACGUUUAAAAAAAUAAAUCUCUGAGAACAGAAGUGACAAUUUUGCCUGUUCUGGGAACGUUUAGUUUUAGGUUGCAGGGAGGUUCUGAGAACGUUUUACCCAGGUUCCAUUAAUGUUUUCCUGGGAGGUUUUAUUACAGCUCUGAUCAUAGAAAUCUGUUAACUAAAUAGGUUAACUGGAGGGUUUUAAUUAAGUUCCUUAAAACGUUCACUGAAUGUUUCAAUACGACUUUUAACAACACUACUAGCUUUUUUGGGUUAACUUUUUUGAACACCAAGCACAAAUAAGACACAUGGAAAUGUAUUUCCUUCGGCAUUAAUCGUGCAAACACAUUUAUUUUUCAUUGUGACACAGUAUCAGUGAGAUCCAAACUUAUAAUCUUUUGUUCUCGAUCAUUGGAAUAAGUCCACUAAGUCACCAAGAUGGAGAUAGCGUGACAUGUUUUUUUACGCAUCAAAGGCUGUUCCUUUUAGUCUAUUCAAACAGACCCUAUUUCAAAGGAAACAAGCACUCAUUAAGAUCAGAGAUAUAUAUAUUCCAAUCUCAGCAGCAACAAAACUCUAAUCUAUCUUGUUAAGUGUGUUCAGGUGUGUUGGCCAUCCCCACUAAUUGGCCAACACACCUGAACACACUUAAUAACAAGAUAGAGGAUAGAGUUUUGUUGCUGCUGAGAAUGGAAUAUACAUGUUUUUAAAUCACAUUCUUAGAAUAUUCUCUGAACAUUACUACAGUUGUGUUUUUUUAUGGAAUGUUGUUUCUUAACAUUCUUGGAACAAUUUGAGAACAUGACUUUAAAUAGAACCAUGAGGAAACCUGUAGAAAAUGUUAUGCUUAAGUACUAAAAUUCCCACAGAAGAAUUGUUUUUCUUAAUAUUCUCUAAACUAUUUGAGAAUAUUCCCAAUGUCAAACAGGUUGGAGAAUAUUCCUAGAACAUUACCAACAUUUAAUGUUUGACAUUUCAGGAAAGGUUAUGUUAUUAUUAAAGUAGUAUGUUGAUUUGUAGCUCAGUUGGUAGCGCAUAGCACUUCUAAUGCCAGUGUAGUGGGUUUGAUUCCCAGGACCAACCAUACAUAAAAUGAAUGCAAGCAUGAGUGUAGGUCGCUUAGGGUAAAUGCAUCUGCUAAAUGACUUUUACUAUUAAUAAAAUAUCAAGAAAAUAAAGUUUGUUUGUCAGGUUCCUUAAAUGUGCUGAGAAUGUUCCAAAGCCAAGCAACUAUCCUCCCAGAAAGUGUGGGGAAGGUUGUAUGCAAAAUAAUUAUAGGAGCACCACACUAUCACCAAGCACUAAGAAGCAUAUGGUUCUCAGAACAUUAUGUGCUAGCUGGGGCAAUAAGAAUUGAUGUAUAAACAUUUAUUUGAGCAAUUUAUUGUUUUGUGUUGAAUAAAAAUGUAUUAAUGUCAAGAGUUAUGCAGCUAGCCUAUACAG